AUGACAACAACAAUCUCCAAGUUUGCUCACUUACAAAUCCCACUUAAAGAUGUUGUAUUGGCCACCGACAACUUUCAUCAUGAUAACAUCAUCGGGCGUGGUGGAUUUGGACCAAUAUACAAAGGACUGCUCUUGCACUCCGGGAACUUGAUCAAGAUUGUUGCGCUGAGGUUAGAUCGUAAGCAUGGGCAAGGAGACGUCGAGUUCUGGAACGAAAUUUCAAUGCUUUCUGACCUCAAGCAUACAAAUCUAGUCUCUACUAUUGGUUUUUGUGACGAGAAAGGUGAGAACAUCAUCAUAACCACUUAUGCGGCCAAAGGAAGUCUUAAGGAGCAUCUAAACAAUCCGAACCUCACAUGGAUAAGAUUGAAGAUAUGUGUAAGCGUGGCUCGGGCGUUGAGUUACCUUCAUUACGACGAGAGACGUGGUUAUCGUGUUAUACAUCUUAACAUCAACAACUCCACAAUUUUAUUAGAUUGA